UUACAAAUCUGGGAAAUAAAAAUAUAAGAUAGAGAGAGUUUGGAGCUUGAGAAGAAGAAGAAGCUAUUAUUUGGGGCCCGAUUGCGUACGUAGAAGAGUAGCAGCAGCUCUUCCCUCAGACUGCGGUAUUUUCGUAGGGUUGAGGAAGAUAAAGUUGUUAUCGGUUCCAGAGGAGGAACUUGAAGCUUGGUAGGGAUAGAAUAGUCAACAAAUUACACUAGGCAGAGAUGUUUUCGUUGUUUUACGGACUAUGGAAAUAUAUGUUCAGUAAGACGGAGUUUCAUGUGCUCAUUCUUGGAAUCGACAAGGCUGGGAAGACGACUUUGCUUGAGAAGUUGAAGUCAAUGUACUCAAACUUGGAGGGUCUCCCUCCUGAUCGAAUUGUUCCAACUGUGGGACUAAAUAUUGGUCGUAUUGAAGCAUCAAAUACCAAACUUGUGUUCUGGGACCUAGGGGGUCAGCCUGGUCUUCGCUCAAUCUGGGAGAAAUAUUAUGAAGAAGCACAUGCUGUGGUCUUUGUAAUUGAUGCCACUUGUCCAUCACGUUUUGAAGAUUCAAAAUCUGCAUUAGAAAAAGUUCUUCGGCAUGAGGAUUUGCAAGGAGCUCCUCUAUUGAUUUUGGCCAACAAGCAGGAUGUUGCUGAUUCUGUGUCAGCUGAGGAACUUGCUCGAUAUCUGGAUCUUAAAAAGUUGGAUGAAAGGGUUUUUAUGUUUGAAGCUGUUUCAGCAUACGAUGGGAUGGGGAUUAAAGAAAGCGUCGAGUGGUUGGUGGAGGUAAUGGAGAGAAGCAAGAGAACUGAAACACUGAGAGCCCGAGCAGGCCCGGCUUCUGCCUAGAAUGGCAUGUAUGAAUCGACAUGCAGGUUUCUUGCCUUGCUCUGCUUCUGUACCAAUUGUGUAAAUAAAUCAGGCUUUUUGAAUUCUAAUUAAAUUACUACAUGAUUCAAAGUAAAAAACAAAAAUCAAGAUUUCACUUGUUGUCUUCCUCCUAGUGUGCUGCUAAUUAUUGUUCUGUGGAUCUUGUUUUUGAAUUAUUGUUUCCUGCUGUAUGGAUCAUUGAGCGAAUUACGCUGUUACGAAUCAA